AUGGCGGCGCGGGCGGUCGACCUGGAGGCCGCGAGCGAGAGGGACACCCUGCUCCACCGGACGGCCGCAGCCGGGGACAGCGAGAGCUACCUCCGCUGCGCGACAAUGGCCUACGGCGCUGACAGGAGCCAGUUGCUCGCGCGUAACGUGGGCGGCAACACGCCGCUGCACUGCGCCGCGAGGGCCGGACACAUCAGGAUGGUAAGAUACCUCAUCGACCUCGCUAAAACGGAUGAAGAAGGCGGUGAGAGGGCCAGGGCCAUGGUGGGGAUCGGGAACAAGCGCGGGGAGACGGCGUUGCACGAGGCCAUUCGCUCCGGCUGCAUGGACAUGGAAUGGAUGGUCCGAGAAUUGAUGUCGGUUGACAAUCAACUGGCCCGCGUCGAUGCAUUCGAUGGUACUUCGCCACUCUUCCUAGCCAUCUCAACAGGUUAUUACUCCCUUGCUCGUUCAUUGUACGACAACUAUGACAAGGCAUUGUCCUACUCUGGCCCCGAGGGGCAGAAUGCCUUGCAUGCUGCUGCUUUCCACGGGUUUCGACACGGCAAAGGGAUGACAAAACUGCUACUCGAGUGGAACCCGAAUCUUGUGAGGCAAGCAGACGACUCUAUAAGUACACCGUUGCACUUCGCUGCAUCAGCAGAAGAUUCCACGUUGGAGUUAUUUCUGCUUGUCUUUCCUGAAUGGGACUUCCAAUCGGCCCUCUCUGUUAUGCUACCAAAGGAAUGGGUAUACCGGUUCUAUAGGUGGAGGGAGCACCCAACCUUUCUACUUGUUGAUGCUUGUCCAAAUCUAUCAUUUCAGCCGGAUAGGAACGGGUUGUAUCCGGUGCAUGUGGCUGCCUCGGCAGGAAGCUUGGUGCCCAUCGUCAUCUUGCUCCGCCGUUCUCCUGACUGCGGCCAACUGCGUGAUGCUCAGGGAAGAACCUUCCUUCAUAUCGCCGUCGAGAAGAAGAUGCUUAAAAUUGUGCAGUUUGUGGCCCGCAGGUUAAAGUACAAGGCCAUCAUGAACAUACAGGACUACAAUGGGAACACCGCCUUGCACCUAGCUGUCGUCGAAGGUAACUGGGAUAUCUUCAGAAUUCUCGUCGGGAACAUGCACGUCCGCUUAAAUUUGACAAAUGAAAGUGGCGCAACUCCUAUGGAUAUUGCGCUCUGCAAUGCUCCUCUUGGAUUCUAUUUUGGACGGCAUGCACGACAUCGAAUACUUAUGAAUCUGACCUUAGCCAACGCUAAAAGGAGCUUCUACCGGCGCGACCGCUUCCUGGACCAAUAUGGUCCCAAGCUAGACGAAGCCGAAGAGUCUCAGAAAAUAACGACGUUCGCACAGAUUGGUGGCAUCGGCUCUGUUCUGGUGGCGACUGCGACGUUCGCUGCGACCUUCACCAUGCCCGGCGAUCCAAGCAACACUGGUCCGAAUACCCUAGCCAAUGGCAAAGGCGGCUCACCAACGUUCGCCAGCUUGUACGCCUUCCGCGCGUUCAUCAUCUCCAACACCCUCGCCUUCAUCUGCUCCACACUGGCCACUUUCAGCCUUGUUUACACCGGGGUGGCCACGGUGGACAUACAAAACCGGAUCAAGCUGGUAGCCUUCUCCAUGGAGCUGCUCAAGGGUGCGGCGAGAAGCUUCUGCGUCACCUUCGGGUUCGCCAUCUACAUGGUGCUCCCUCCCGAGGUGGCUCGUGUGAGUGGGACUGACAUGGCGGCAUGCGCCAUGAUGAUCCUAGCAUUGGUGGACGCGGCUUGGGCCAUACUGCCCAUCGUGACUGAUACUACAAUUCUUCUUAGUAGGGAAGACUGGGGUUCCAUGACCAAGCGACUGAUCAAACUAGGGGCUGGAAUCCUAGCAAACAUUGUGUACGUAUUAUGGCCCUACAUCGUCAUCUUCGGUCUGGCGGCCAUCAAAAAGAUCAGUGGCAGCAAGGUUUAA